UCAGGUUUUGCAAGCAAUCGCUUGCGUGGUCUCGAGCUAAACGAACAUUAUGAUAAGUUUAAUAUUCUUGUUGGUUGGAGUAGCGGGUCAAGUGCCUUUCUUAGGUCCUUGUCCAGAAAUAGAAACAAUGGACAGAUUAGAUGUUAAUAGGUAUAUGGGUAAAUGGUAUGAAGCUGAAAGAUAUUUUGCGGUAUUUGAAUUCGGUGGAAAAUGCGUUACAGCUGAUUAUGUCCCUAGUAAAGAUGGGUCGAUAAAUAUAAUUAAUCAACAAACCAGCGCAUUAACCGGUAUACGAUCAACAAUCGAAGGAAAAGCGAAUAUGAACGGUAGAUCUGAUGAUCCAAAGUUAACAAUCACCUUUCCACAACUUCCGCUCAACUUACAAUCGCCGUAUUGGAUUUUAGAUACUGAUUAUGACACUUAUUCCGUGAUUUGGUCCUGCAAUAAACUUGGGAUAUUUAGUUUAAGAAACGCCUGGAUUUUGACCAGAUCCAAAAAACCGGCGUUAUCAUCCAUGGAGAAAGCUUACUCUGUUUUAGAUAGAAACUCUAUAAGUAGGGCUUAUUUUAUACGAACCGAUCAAAAAAAUUGUCCGGGAAAAAAAUAAUUUUUCUUUUAUUUAUUGUAAAUAACAUAUUUAUUGUUUCUUUAUUUAAAUAAAAUUAAUUUUUCUACACAGCUCUGUUGUGUCCUGUCAAUAAAAGUCAGGAUUUUCACUACUAC